GUAAAAACGCAAAAUUUUAAACAUACAAAACUAUAAAAAUGGUUUUAGAGGAACAGAAGAUAAGUCAAAUUUGAAGAUUCGCUUAAUUUUCUUGAAAAUUAAAUAAAAUAUAAAUUUAAUCAUUUUACAUGAGGCUGCACUAUUAUAUAGGCAGCGGGAAUAUUUGGGAGAUACUUCAUUUUACACGAUUUUCAUAUACAAACUCACAUGGUAUUUUGAUUUUAAAUUUUACAUGGUUUUUGUUGGUUACAAUUCGCCGUAUAUUGGAGUUCAAUUGACUGGGAGAGGUAAGAGUCAUUCUGAGGUAAGAGUAUCAUAAAACAUUUACAUGAAAUAGAUCUGUUAGAUGAUUCAUAUAUUUUAAAAUCAUAUAAAUUUAUGUGUGUUCAACUUGGCUACAAAUGUGAAUAAAAUGUUGAUGUAUGACUUUAUACUGUAAUAUUUUAUAAAUCUUGAGCGAUCUGUACCAUUGUAGGUGGUGCUAAAAACAGCUGAAACUGAGAUGUAGAGGGAUUCAACUAUCUGAAAAAUACAAUUAAAACUUCAACAUUUUGAGUGCCCUUUGUCGACUCUACUGACUUUGUGGCUGUCGACAAAUAGGUUUUGCCACGCUUAACAGCAAGUUGGCUGUUAAGGGGGGUCAUGGCCAAUGCCGUUAAAAUUUUCUAAUUGGUGAAAACUCACCUUAACUUUGCUAAAACCAACCAAUUCCACAGGCAUUUAAUAGGACAAGUGCGAUUUAACUAUGAGUUAAAAAGCUGUUUCAUACAUUAAACUGUGCACAAACAGUAGCAUAGCCAGCCCAACGAUUUAGUCCCGCUAUGCAAAUUCUAAAGAAAUGAAUAAUGAUUUUGAAUUUGCAAACCGGGACUAAAUUGUCGGGGCUAGCUACACCACUGCGUAAAAAAUAUUGUUUGUUCCGUAGACUUGGUCCAAGUCUCUCUUUCAUUGUCAUAUCGAUCCACUAUAGUAUACAUUACAUGACGUAGUACGGAGGGGCGGAGCGAGAAAGAGAGAUGUAAUGUCAUGUAAUGUACACUAUAGUGGGUCGAUACAAAAGAGAGACUUGGAGCAAGUCUAUUCCCAAGGUUGCAGAUAUUUCUUUUUUGUUAUUUGGAGCUUGCCGCUAAGGGGGAAUGGGUUGCGACCUUAAUGGCCAACUUGCCAUUAAGCGUGACGUAACCUAUUUGUCGACGGACCCUUGCUCGAGACGUCAACGUUUUACUUGUAUUUUCAUGUCUAGUUGAAUUCCUGACCAUCUCAUUUUCUUAAUAUUUUAUACCAUUUUAUUCAGAAUAUCAAAUCAAUCUCCCCACUGUAUUUUAAGGCUUAAGUUUAAUUCAGAAAUUUCACUGAUUACUAAGUAUUGAUAAAUUUCGUGGCAUUUUCUAGACUAGAUGCAUGAAGUUACAUUAAAGCUGUAAGGUUUCAAACAUUCAUUAUGGGGAAAAAAGGGAAAAUUGGAAAACAGAGGAGGGAUAAAUUUUAUCACCUCGCAAAAGAAACAGGUAUAUCUACUGAUAACAGUAUUUUAUAGGGGAUAAAUAUUGAUUACAGUGCAUCUAUUCAGUACUAUACUUGAGAUCAGUUCACAAGUCUAGUAUACUUGAGAUCAGUGUAUGAGUCUAUUCAGUUCUAUACAUGAGAUCAGUGUGUGUUAUCUAUUCAGCAGUAUACUUGAGAUCAGUUUGUGUAUUGUCUAUUCCAUGCCACACUUGAGAUCAUUGUAUAAUGAGUCUAUUCAGUAGUAUACUUGAGAUCAGUUUGUAUAUUGUCUAUUCAGUACUUUACUUGAGAACAUUGUAUAAUGAGUCUAUUCAGUAAUAUACUUGAGAACAGUUUGUAUAUUGUCUAUUCAGUACUACACUUGAGAUCAGUGUAUAAUGAGUCUAUUCAAUAAUAUACUUGAGAUCAGUUUGUAUAUUGUCUAUUCAGUACUAUACUUGAGAUCAAAGUAUGAUGAGUCUAUUCAGUAAUAUACUUGAGAUCAGUUUGUAUAUUGUCUAUUCAGUACUACACUUGAGAUCAGUGUAUAAUGAGUCUAUUCAGUAGUAUACUUGAGAUCAGUUUGUAUAUUGUCUAUUCAGUACUACACUUGAGAUCAGUGUAUAAUGAGUCUAUUCAGUACUAUAUUGAGAUCAGUUUGUAAAAUCUCUAUCCAGUCCUAUAAUGAGAUCAGUAGCUAUAUUCUAUUUAUCUGUCAUCAGGUUAUCGUGCUCGUUCGGCUUUCAAACUCAUUCAGUUGAACAGAAAGUUUGAAUUUCUGCAAUCAUCUCGUGUUUGUAUUGAUCUAUGUGCAGCGCCUGGAGGAUGGUAAGAAUUUCUUACUAUGCAAAUUUAUAGGUAGGAGAGGGAUGGCCCAAUACCAAAAAGGAUUCAUAUUGUCAAUAUGUAAUACACCCUUUCAAUAAUUACAUCACACAUACUUUUUGGUCAUGCAGCUUUGCCCUCAUCAGUAAAUUAUGCAAGGUGAUUGGCUCAUGAUUCAUGAUAGCGAGGCUCCCAGAUCAAAUGACGUAAUUAUCGAAAGGUUGUAUUGUGAAUCAUUACCCCCUCUCCUGAAAAACCAGCACCUUGCUGUCCAGAUGUCCAUAGGUAUCUGUCCAACGCCAGAAGAUUUUAAUUGUGCGAAGAGUGCUGCCAAUCAAUGGGUAAACUAAUUGGUUUUUGAAACUUCAACAGGCUACAGGUUGCUUCAAAAUUCAUGCCAGUCUCAAGUAUUAUCAUAGGUAUGUCCGAACAGUUAAUUGUAACAAUUAUUCAACAACAAUAAUUCCAACAAGUAAAUUAAUAUACGUCAGUCCAAGACUAUAUUGUAUUGCAUUAAUUUCUUUUUCCCAGGUGUUGACUUGGUCCCAAUAAAACAAAUAGCAAAUGUGAUUACAUUACAAGAUGAUAUCACCACGCAAAAAUGCAGACAGGUAAACAUCAAGUUUUGUCUGGUGCAUGAUGGAGAUUUUGUUGGAUUUGUUGGAUCCAGGAUUUUGUUGGAUGCUGGAGGAUUUGUAUGUGUGUGUGUCUGUCUGUCAGCUCAAACUCAAAAAAUAUCCAACGUUUUAAUACGAAAAUUUGAGGUACUAAUGGACAUUGGCCAAGCACAAAUGGACCAUUCCCAAUGGACGACUUGCGCUUUAGAAAAAAUUUUAAUCUGGGAAUAACAAAGGAUAUUUUCGGAAAGAAGUUAUCAAAAUUAGAAAAACUGCAAAGUUUGGUUGCGAAAUGUUGUAAAAUACGGAAAAUAUAGCCUCGAAUAUAGCCCUGCGAAGUUGGCAAAUUUGUAUACAUUUCUAUUACGUGCGGAAAUUGGUAACUAAUUUAGUUACCAAUUCACGCACGUAAUACAAAAGUAUACAAAUUUGCCAACUUUGAAGGGCUAUAUUUUCCGUAUUUUACAACAUUUCGCAGCCAAACUUUGUAAUAUUACUAAUUCCAAGACGCUCUUUCUAGCUGUGGUGAUAGAUUUCGUUGUUCUUACUUAGAUUAAAAUUUAGUCUAAAGCGCAAGUCGUCCAUUAACCAAAAUUUUGAACUCAACGAGUCUAGACAAAAAUUUCAUCACAGCUUGAAAGAGCAUCACAAAAUUAGUAAUAUUCCAAAGUUUCGUUGCAAAAUGUUGUAAAAUGCGGAUAAUAUAGCCUUGCGAAAUUUGCAAUUUUCAGUCAUUUUAGAUUACAAACGGGAAAUGGUUACCACUUCUUUGCGUAAUACGAAAUGAUUGAAAAACGGCAAACUUCGCAAGGCUAUAUUAUCCACAUUUUACAACAUUUUGCAAUGAAACUUUGGAAUAUUACUAAUUUUCUGAUGCUCUUUCAAGCUGUGAUGAAAUUUUUGUUUAGGCUAGUUAAGGUCAAAAUUUUGGAAAAGUGGUAACCAUUUCCCGUUUGUAAUCUAAAAUGACUGAAAAUUGCAAAUUUCGCAAGGCUAUAUUAUCCGCAUUUUACAACAUUUCGCAACGAAACUUUGGAAUAUUACUAAUUUGUGAUGCUCUUUCAUGCUAUGAUGGAAUUUUGUCUAGACUUGUUGAGAUCAAAAUUUUGGUUAAUUGGGGAAUGGUCUAUUGAUUAAAUGUUGGUUCAAUUUGGAUGAGAAAUUAGCAAAAGUUUGUUCAGCUUUGUCGGGCAGACUAAACUGAAUGCAUAAUUAGCCCAUUGUGUAAUGUAUGUAUGAUACAUAAAUUAAUUUGUGGAGGUAUGCAGUUAUGGUUAUGAUUGGUUUUAAUAUUUUAGGACAUAAAGAAAGAACUAAAAACGUGGAAAGCAGAUUGUGUGUUAAAUGAUGGUGCUCCGAAUGUUGGUGCUUCUUGGGCACACGAUGCCUUUACACAAGGUUUGCAAUGGAAAAUUUUCACAAUUAGCUUUGUGACUACUCAUAUCAUACACUCACUGUGGAUUAUAACGAUUCAUAUUAUGGUGUACAUGCAGAGAGGUGUAGAAAAUUUGAAAACAAUACUUUUCAGUUGCAUGGUUUGUUGGCACUGUUUACCAAAAGUUAAGUAUGGGCGCUUUCCAUUUAAUGGCCUGACCGGUCAGACCCGAAUUCUUUUCUCCGUAUCAAUGGAAAGAUCUGGUCUAUGUUUCUCAAAUAUCUAGCGAAAAUGGACCUCAUUCUAAUGUUAUCUAAAUUUUCCGGUCAGAUAGGUCCGAAGCCCAAAUGCUUUGUGUUCCAUUCAACAAUUUGACCGUUCUGGCCGUGUUAAUGGAAAGCGCCCUAUGAUUGGUCAGGUGAGAAGUGAUCAGCACAUGCAACCAAUCAAUGUAAAUAUUGAAAAGCUGACCGGUUGUUAUAAUCCAAGUCAACCUGUAGUUAUUGGAAUGAGAAAAUAAUGUUAGUCAAAUAUAAUGGACCAUUUGCAUUAUAGACUAAAUUUUGAUCUCAACAAGUCUAGACAAAAAUUUCAUCACAGCUUGAAAGAGCAUCACAAAAUUAGUAAUAUUCCAAAGUUUCGUUGCGAAAUGUUGUAAAAUGCGGAUAAUAUAGCUUUGCGAAGUUUGCCGUUUUUCAGUCAUUUUGUAUUACAAACGGGAAAUUCACAGCCCCAAAGGGUAUUGGGCAGAUUUGGGCUGUCAAUUUCCCCCGCGUAAUGCAAAAUGACUGAAAAACGGCAAACUUCGCAAAGCUAUAUUAUCCGCAUUUUACAACAUUUCGCAACGAAACUUUGGAAUAUUACUAAUUUUGUGAUUCUCUUUCAAGCUGUGAUGAAAUUUUUGUCUAGACUUGUUUAGAUCAAAAUUUAGUCUAUAAUGCAAAUGGUCCAUUGAGAUCAAUUUUCUUAUAAUAAUAAUACAAUUUCUGUUUUCAGCCCAUCUGACACUGGCUGCUUUGAAACUUGCAUGUGAUUUUUUAAACAAAGGAGGAUGGUUUGUCACGAAGGUUUGUUAUCGGUCCAUUGAUGCAUCUUAUGUCUGCUGAAGUUACAUCGUUCAAACAGUUUGUUUAUUUUUUCCAGGUGUUUCGUUCAAAAGACUACCAACCCUUGAUGUGGGUUUUCAAUCAACUCUUCAAGAAAGUUCAUGCCACCAAACCACAAGCUUCCCGUAACGAAUCCGCAGAGAUUUUUGUCGUUUGUCAGGUGUGUGCAUACAAUGAGGCUCUUAAGAGACACUCUUGACUCUUGCAACAUAUUUCUUGUCGAAAUAUAUUGAUCACCCACAACCUCGUUCCCAGGCUCUUGCCUCUUAUGGAGGAAAGACCCAGGUAGGAUCUUGUCACGUGAUCUGCUAAAAUCUAGCCGAUUUCGGGUCCUUCCUCGGGUAGAAGAAUUUGCAUCACAGAUUACGUCAUCAGUUAGUUAUAGUGAUUAGUGUUGGGGUAAGGGUUAGGGUUAGAUUAAGGAUUAGGCUUAGAGAUAGGGAUUGGGUUAUAUCUGACGCGACAAACAACACAACUAGCCGAUCACGUGAUCAGUUCUCCUCUACCCGAGGAACUAGCCCAGAUUUCUAAUUAACUAUCUUGGACUCCUUUAAAAUCAAAUCGAACUUGCAAAACGAAAUGCAAGUUAUAAAUUAAAGUAUAAAUAUUUAUCAUAAAUUAAAAAUCUGCUAGAUUUUAGCCGAUCACGUGACCACCUCCUACCAGAGUCUUUCCUUCACAAGAGGCAAGAGCCUGGGAACGAGGUUAGAUCAGCCAGUCCGGCAGUCCCAACAGUCCAGAGACAACAAAUUUUUCGUUGUACUCUGCAGUGUCAGAAUAAGAUGAAACUAGUUUUUCAGGCUUAUUUACCUGUUGACUUUUUAAGUUGGUAAAACUGUUGCAGGGUUACAAAGCUCCACACAAGAUAGAUCCAAAGUUACUUGAUUGGAAAUGCAUAUUUGAAGAAGUGAAUCAGGAACCUACAAAACAAGCAAGUCUACUGAGUGAUAAGGUAAAACGUCCAGUAUUCUACUAACAAUAAACUGCCGUGGUCUUGAACGUAUUUUUUAUGUAAAAAAAAAUUAUCAAUUUGUUUUAGAAACGAGCUCGCGCGCAAGGUUAUGAAGAAGGGGACUACAGUUUGUUUAAAACUUUAGCAGUCACAGAGUUUGUGAAGAGUACGAAACCACUGGAUCUGUUGAGCUCUAUAAAUAAAGUACGUAUUAUUUGAAGCCACAUUAUUUUCGAAUGGUAGUAUGGACCCAUUGCACAUGACGUCACAGCGCCGGUCUGUGCAUAAUAUAACUUUUGUAAACAAAGCAAAUUUUGUAAAACUUUAUAAUAAUUUUGUAUUAAAAUGGUUAAUUUUUGCGCUGUAUGUGUUGUUGUACCCGAACAUAUAUUGUUAGGGAGUAUCUGGAGGACACUCUAAUGAUUUGUGACGUCAGUGCAAUGGGUCUAUAGUAAACUACGUUCAUUUGUGAAACUCAUUAAUAAUUCAUGAAGAAAACACAAAAUAUAUCUUUUGUAUAUCUGAUACAAAUUCAAGCUGAUUUACAUAAAUUUUAAGUUCAAUUUUCUCACCAAAUAUUAUUCAUUAAUUUUAAAUUGAUGAAGAAUACGAAUGUUCUCAUCAAGACGUUUCACAAGAUAUUUAUAACAUUCGCGUCUGUGUUGUAUCGGAUAACCUAUACAUAUUGUAAAUAGUACAUACAAAAACUAUUGUAGAUUGUGUUUGAUGAUAAAAGAUAUCUACAACAUGAUCUUACCACGGCAGAAAUCCAAGAAUGUUGUAAGGAUAUCAAAGUGUUGGGGAAAGGAGAAGUCAGGUUUGUUUAGCCUGCGUGCAGCCUGACUUUAAAUGGGGAGAAGUCAGUCUGCGAAUCAGGGAACAAUAUUCGCGCCAUCUUUUAAAUUGCAUGGAUUUCUGAAUUCAAACGUGAUCGGCUAUUGCUCAGAAGCCUAAUAUACACGCGCUACGAUUGCCAUUCGUUAAUAGAUUCAGUUCAACAAAAUAAUAUAUUUAGCAAAAUGGCGUCUUGGGAACCUCAAUGAGAACCCUUUGGUAUCUUUUGUAUGGGUUUGUGCAUAAAUUACACACAACAUUGCUCUUUGUGUUUUUGUCCGCCAUUUUUUUUCAUUCUGGAAUGUUGUUUGAACCAAAUAUAUAUUAACAAAUUGGCCAAUCGUAGCGUGUGUGUUAGGCUUUUGAGCAAUAGCCAAUCACGUUUGAAUACAGAAAUCCAUGCAAUUCAAAAGAUGGCGCGAACACGGUAUUGUUCCCUGAUUCGCAGACUGACUUCUAUUAUCUGAAACUCAUUAAUAAUUCAUGAGUAAAUUAGCCAACCAUAUUGCUUUAUUUUGCUCACAUGAUAAUACUGGAUACCUGAUGAAGUAUACUGAUCCAGUCCUAGGACUGGAUCAAAUUUAAUUCAGUCCUAGGACUGGAUCAAAAUUAAUUCAGUCCUUGGACUGGAUCAAAAUUAAUUCACCUAGUGAUUUAUUCGUACGAGAUGUCAUUUCAAAUCCUACAAUUCGGACUGGACUAGAUUUCAAGUCCUCACAUUUUUAUCUAGUCCUAAAUCUAGUCCAGUCCUCAUAGUCGGACUUCAAAUAUUACUUCAAAGUAAGCACAGAGAAUUUUGUGUAUAAAAUUUUUAAACAUGAUUUCUAGGUUAUUGUUAAACUGGCAAGCAAAGCUACACGAGUUGGAGAAGAAUGAAGACGAAAAAUUAAGGUAAAAUACAAGAGACAUUUAUUUUUUCAGUUAUCCGGCUUUUGUGAGGUGUAUAUUGUCCACAAAACGACUUAUGACGCAUGUAGCCCUAAAUUUCAUGUCAUACGAAUUUAGUGCUACAUAAUUAGCCUUUAAUUCUCACGCCGCCAUUUUUGGGUGGCAGUUCAACCGAAGUCUGCGAGAUGAGUCCACACAACAGCGACUUUUUAUCAUUUUUGGACGAAUGAUGGUAAAUUUGCUUUGUAAAUGGUUAGUAUAUUUUGAAAAAUUGCUUUUCACAUUGUUUUAAUUGUCUGCAUUGGUUAACGAGAAUUAGAUGCCACCCAAAAAUGGCGGAUAUUCGUCAUCGUGAGAAAGGCUAAUUGAAGAUUCACGUGCACUUUUGCUUAAUAUAUGUUCAAUUAAUUUACCUCAGUGCUGAACUGGACGAAGAAAAUAAUGAAGAGCCACAGGUAUAAAAAUAUUUUAAAGUAUCUGAAAAUGUUGGCAAUUAUGGAUGACUUAUCUAGUUGUAAUUUUCCGUCCAAACAUUUUAAUAUCUUAGAAAAGCGUCGAAGAAAUGAUACAAGAUUUAAAGGAGGAAGAAGCUGGUGAUGCUAAAAGGUAAAAAUAAAAAGUUGAGAUACGUUAAGCCCAGGGCAAACUGGGAAACAUUGUUGCGGAAACAUUGUUUCCUACCAAUGUUUCGCCAUGUUUCCCAGAGUGGGCAAACACUAGUAAACAUUAGUGAGAAACAUAACCACAAUAGGGAAACAUCGAGAAUCACAAAUGUUUCCGCAACAAUGUUUCCUAGUUUGCCCUGCAGGGCUUUACUGAACCUCCACCCGCAUUGAAGGAAGGAAAAUUUCCUGAUUGCCUGUUACUCAGGCAAAGGUGUUGCGUUUGAUAGAGUCAAACUGGAAGCACUCUUCUCACAACUGCAUAUUGCAGGAAUUGAACCUCGGUCACAUGUAGUAACCACCUCCAACACAUCUUGUCUGCAUUUCUCUUCAUUCCUUGUCACAUGUUUUGCACGUGUAGAAAACGUCGUAAGUUGUUCGCGAUGAAGAAACAGGCGCGUGAAAGGAUGCAGGCGGGAGGAGGUGCAACGGCUGAUGGUGGAGAUGCUGAACUCUUUGCACUUCAUAAUAUCAAGAGUAAGAAGGUAAUGCAGGUCAGAAACAGAGAGGAAUUCUGUUUUUGGAGGAAAUUACAGCAGGCAGAUGACACUGAACACUCUCAGCGCUUUCGGAAUUAUUCUGAGUAGGCGGCUGUGUUGAUAAAGUAGGUGGCUGUGGGGAGAGUUCUAGGGAGUCUUAAAGUCAUCCAAAUUGACCAGACAUAAGUGUAUAUUGAUUAGAUAGCAACACAAUUGAGCUCUGUAACCAAAUUAUAAUGUAUCACUACUUUCAUUCUUCAACAAGAUAACAUCAAGAUUUAAGAUGGCAAAUAACUAAAUCAGUUUUACGAAAUAGUAUUUUGUUUUCGCGAAAAUAACCAGGCUAUAAAGUAGACCAAGUUGAGGAAAAAUAACUUUGUUUGAAAGCUUCGAGUGGAGGAAGGAGAGCAGAAUUGACAUUUCAAGCAUACUAAACAAAGUAACCAGCGGUAAACCUCGUGCCACCCACCGAAGCUCUGGUGGCCGCUGGGUUAUUUUGAAAACCCUGUUGUAUCACCAUCCCUGCAGGAAAACCCUUGAAAGCUGCAUCUCUAUGAAAGAAGCGAAAUCCGCCAACAUUUUUAAUAUACUUUCAGAAUUUAGAAAAAGUCGAUGAAGGUGAAACAUUGGAAGCCAGCGAUGACGACGACGAAGGGGAUUACAGUGAUAUCGAUGACAGUGGGGACAGCAGUGUUGGGGAUAUUGAGGAUAUUGAUGAUGAUGAUGAUGAUGAUGUCAAUCCACUGUUAGUUAACCCGGAUGAAGAGAUCGACCAACCAACGAAAACCAAACUUUGGUUUGACAAAGUAUGUAAAGAUAAGGUUUCAAAUAAUGUAAUGGGUGCUACAUCGGACUGUUCACAGUAUUAAUGUUGUAUAGCUAAGGAGUAAGGGCACAAAAUACUACACAGAAAUCCAUCUCCAUUGUUUUUUGCGUAAGCGUUAUUCGUCAUCAUUCGUCACUCAGCAAGUACCGUAAACAGAAGCAGUCACUCCCCUGGACGUGCGCCAUUUUGACUAUUUCCAGGGAGGGGGGCUGCUUCUGUUUACGGUACUUGCUGAGUGACGAAUAGCGCUUACGCAACAAAACAAUGGAGAUGGACUUCUGUGUAGUAUUCUGUGUAGUAUUCUGUGGUAAGGGUAUACAGUACUUCAUUUAUUGAGGAGAAACCUGGAGAAAACCUGUGGUAUUUGAUAGAGUCAAACUGAAAGCAUUCUUCUCACAUGUGACUGAGGUGGAAUUAUAAUCAGACAACUGCAUAUUACAGGAAUCAAACCCUGGUCAUAGAAUGCCAGAGGGAAGCCGAGCGAUGAAAAUAAUACCUGAAAUCUGAACACAUUCGAGCAAGUAGUUACACGACUGGAACUUGGAAGACCGAUGAAGUCCAAACGUCAAGUGACAUCCUAUUCUACUCUUACAUUUCUCUUUCCUUAUUUUCCAGGAAAUGUUUCAAGGUCUUGAAACGAUGGAAGAUGAAGAUUUUGAGGUGGAACAGAUGAUCAAGAAACACAAGAAAGCCGGCGGAGUUCUGCUCGGAAAUGGUACGAAAUGUGAAAGAAGGCGGGAACCUAGAAGUGUUGUGUAGACAUAGGGUGGGGUGCAGGGAGUCCCCCCCCCCACAGACCCCCCCCCCGGUUAUUAGAUCUAGUAGCUGUUCAUCUGCUAAAUAACAGCGUAUAAUGCGUUUCAGAUAAAGAUAAGAAAACGACAGACUCUGUAACGAACAAAACUACAACUAAGAAAAAGACGAAGAAUUCCGAAAACGAACCGUCAGAUUCCGAAAGUGAGCCGUCAGAUUCCGAAAGUGACUCGGAAGAUAGUGAUCAUGAAAUGAAACAGGUGGAGGAUGCUGAAACAAAUGCUACGGACAAGUCGGAAAAUGGAUUUGAAGUUGUACCACAAGAUUGUAAGUUGUAUUCUACGUUUUGAAGGAUUUGUAAGAAAUGUUUCAGGGCUAACCGAGUCAGUUCCCUCAAAUAUUUCUUACAAAUCCUUCAAAACUUAGAAUUUACCUAGGUGCAAAAUUCCUACUGUGAUCACAGAAACUUUGAUAGUGUAAACCAGCCUUUACUAUCGAUGCAAUAGAAGUGUUGAUAAAAUAUUGCACCAAUUUCUUUCCUCAAGUUGAUCAAUUCAUUUGAUAGAAAAUUGAUCAACUUCUAUGUAGAUGAGCCAAUUAGAUUUCGUUUCAGAACCGAUUGACCAAUAGGAAACGCACAGGAAGUAGAGAUAAAUUUGAAUUCGCAUGAAUUGAUCAACUUGAGGAAAUGAAUUGGUGCAAUAUUUUAUCAACACUUCUGUUGCAUCGACAGUAAGGCCCGUCAAAGAGUGACGAAUGUUGGAACUAGCAAUCGUUAUGUCACUUGAAUUUAGAUCUUAUGAAAAAUAUGACCCCAGAGGGACUGGCUCUAGGAGCUCAGAUGGCUUUUUCCAAGAAGCGAAAACGAGAAAUCGAAGAUGAAUCAUACCACAGGUACACACAUAUUAUGAGAUCAGUGACUUUAUAAUACUAUAUUGUACGCUAGACCACCACGUUUGAGAUAUAUUUUUCAGAUAAUGAUGCUUGUGAUGUUAUUCUGAGUGUAUAUCCACACCGGACAGGCUUGAAAAAUAUGCCUGGCCACGGUGGGAAACGAACCUACGACCUUUGGAAUACCAGCCCAAUGCUCUGCCAACUGAGCUACGCGGUCAGGUCGGUUCGAAUAUGAGAUAUUUCGGAACAGAAUCUAGUUCCUUCGAUACCAAUGUAAUGUAGUAAUCAUUACACUCAGAGUAACAUCACAAGCAUCAUAUUCACCUGAGUACAUUACACCAACACAGAAAAAAUCAUUUUUCAGAUAGUUCAGACACAAACCACGACAGCUUAUUUUUUAAGUACAAACGUUGAGAUAAAUCUACUGCAUAAAAUAUAAUUUAGAUGGACAUUUAAUGAUGAUAACCUACCCGAAUGGUUCACUCAAGACGAGUCGAAACAUUACCAUCGUAAUUUACCAGUGACGAAGGAGGAAGCUUUAGAAUACAAGGCAAGGUUGACGGAGAUCAAUGCCAGGCCGAUCAAGAAAGUUGCUGAGGCUAAAGCGAGGAAAAAACAAAAAGAAAUGAAACGAGUUGAGAGAGCAAGAAAGAAAGCUGAAGUGAUUUGUGACAACGACAACGUUACGGACAACGAAAAAGCACAACAACUUAAAAGGUAAGUGAUGAUGGUGAUGAUAGUGGUAGUGAUGAUGGUGAUUAUAGUGGUAGUGAUGAUGAUGGUAGUGAUGAUGGUGAUUAUAGUGGUAGUGAUGAUGAUGGUAGUGAUGAUGGUGAUUAUAGUGGUAGUGAUGAUGAUGGUAGUGAUGAUGGUGAUUAUAGUGGUAGUGAUGAUGAUGGUAGUGAUGAUGGUGAUUAUAUGGUAGUGAUGAUGGUGAUUAUAGUGGUAGUGAUGAUGGUGAUUAUAGUGGUAGUGAUGAUGGUGAUUAUAGUGGUAGUGAUGAUGGUGAUUAUAGUGGUAGUGAUGAUGAUGGUAGUGAUGAUGGUGGGAGUGAUGGUGGGAGUGGUGGUGGGAGUGGUGGUGGGAGUGGUGGUGGGGAUGAUCGUCGUGGUGGUGAUCGUCGUCGUGAUGAUGGUGGUGUUGUAUGGUGUUGUUGUACAAUACAACUUUACAAUAUAACUUUAUUUGAAUAAUACACAUGACAAAUACAACAUUCAAAUCCUGCAAUAGCAAGAUAAUCGCGGCAGGAAAUGAAUCUAAUUAAAUAAUAUUAUAUAUAUACAACUGAUUUAUAUUGAGAAUAAGGUAAAUUAUUUACAGAACGAGAGUUUAGAUUCCGAUUGGCUAUGAUAAUUUUUAAAUGAAAAAUAUUAUACAUGACACAAAUAUAGUCUUUUUGAAAGUAAUUACUGAGAGUUAUGAUGAGCUGAAAAUUAUAUCGCGGUUACAUUCGGCAGCAUUUCAAUUAUCAUGGGUACGUCAACAUAAUCAUUUUGGUCUUAAAGUAUGGUUAAAAGAGCUUGAAGUAUUUUAGAUUUAAAAGUCUGUUUAAGAGAUGAGCGAAGAUUGAGAUCAAUGCUAUUGGUGUUGUUGUGUUGGUGGUGUUGUUGUGUGGUGUUGUUGUAUGGUGUUGUUGUGUGGUGUUGUUGUAUGGUGUUGUUGUAUGGUGUUGUUGUGUGGUGUUGUUGUAUGGUGUUGUUGUGUGGUGUUGGUGUGAAAGUAUAUCUUUAUGUCUUUCACUUAUUUAAUUUUUCUUGUUAGUUUGUACAAAAAAGCUGGAAUUGGCAAGAGAAAGAAACCCGAAGUAAAAUACGUUGUGGCUAAGAAAGGCGGCGGUACGUUUCUUCGUACUAAUUUUGUUUCUCGUUCCUGCGUUGGGAUAGCGCUAUUAAUUAACAAGCAUGCGCAUUAGAGACUAGUGCCAGUGCACUUCCGCCUCCGUGUAUCCAGGAAUUUCGCAAAGUCUAUGGUCAAGAGACCCUGAGUACGAUGAUGAAGCAAAACUCGCCAGUAGGCCUUAUGCAUAAUGACGUCACAAGGCUUGAUGCGGGCCCGAAUGCUGGUCUUAGUAGACAUCGCCCGGAAAAUUACUAAACAAUUCAAAAUGGCCACUAUAGAAAUUUUCCCGGGCGAUGACUACUAAGACCAGCAUUCCUCGCGUGCAUCAAGCCUUGUGACGUCAUUAUGCAUAAGGUCAAUUCUUUGUUUGCAAUGAAGUAAUUCUGGCAUUUCAGUUGACUGGCAGGUAUAACAAAAAACGGCUAUUUUAGUGUAUUGAUUGAGUUUUCAAAAGAUGAAUUACCGUUCAGUUUUUCUUGCUGCAACCAUUCUGAUAGGAGAAAAAUCGUCCACAAGUUGUUUGAUUGCCCGUCAUUUGGAUGAAAAGUCACGUGAUUGCAAACAAAGAAUUAAGUUUUAUUUUUUACAGGUAAAAGAGCAAAGCGUCCUGCUGGUGUAAAGGGUCCGUUCAAGAUGGUUGAUCCUAGAAUGAAGAAAGACUUACGAGAGAAAGGAAACAAACAGGACAAAAAACGUGGCAGAAGGAAAAAGUAGAGAAUAAAGGAGUGUCAUACUACUAACCUCGUACCCAGGGCUUCUGCGCUUGUGAGAACCACAAGGAAGCCCUGGGUACGAGCAUAGAUAUCUUAUAUACACCAAUCUCGUACCCAGAGCAAUGCCUGUGCGCGGGCUAGGAAGGCAUUGGCUCUGGGGAAAUUGAAUUUUUCCUGUGCUGUGAUUGGUUUAACGUUUACCAAUAGUGCAUGCCGACAAAGAACCGGAACUCCUAAAUUUAGGGGUUCCGGUUGUCAAUUUCCCCAGAGCCAAUGCCUUCCUCGCCUGCGCUCAGGCAUUGCUCUGGGUACGAGAUUGUAUAUACACUAGAUAGCGCAUCUCUUUUAGUAAAAUUGAAGCCAAGAAUAUUCCAGCAGUUACCCUCAUUUGAAUAGAUGGCGGCCAUGUUGGUAUUUGCCACUCGCUAAUAAACGCUUAAAAAACAACAAUAACUUUCAUCAUUUGAAUAAUUAAAAAAUGUAUUUGAAAUAGCUUUACUUAAUGUUUAAGUUGCCUGUUUAAGAAAUAGAAAACAUACGAAUCUUCUCAUUACAUGGGUAUAUCCUGAGUCUGCAAUCACGGCUUCAAUUUUUGAAUUGUAGAAUAAUUAGAUGCACUAUCUAGUGUAUAUAAGAUAUCUAUGGGAACGAGGUUGAGUGAAUGCUUUACCUUCCAGUAUAUAACACCGCGGUCAAGCGCAUGCGCGACUCCACGGGGAAAAAUGUCUGCCAAUAUAAUAGAAGUAAAGACGGGAAAAGAAAAGUGUUUACUAUAGGGAAAUGGCUAAACGUCCUAAGCUCGAGAUCUUCAACGCAUUUUCCUUGUGACAAGACGAAGUAGUAUAUACUGAGUUUACAACCUCGUUAAAUUUUCUUUAUACUUUUUGCUAGAGCUUUGGGAAGACAAUACUAUUUCCGGUGUUUCGAGUACAAACGGCGAAUACGUUUGGCCGCGGUGUUGAAGCAUAUAGGAUUACGGUCAUCAAUAAAUUUGUGAUGCAAAUAUGCGCUCGAUUGUGUUCAAUUACCAGGCUUCGAAGGGGGGAAAUUCAUUUUGCUGUCCUUAAUCACUUAUUUAUAUUUCGGUUUCCUCUGGAAUCUUUUGAGUACCAUUUUGGUAACCCGAGGAGCGUAGCGUGAUAAAAAUUUUAAAGUACCGAGGGAAAUUUUCUCUUGAACUAUGAAUAUACUUGCUAUGUUUUCAAUAAAACAAGCUUUGAUACUUUUGAAUUGAUGUUCAGGUAUUGUUUUUCACCCAUCUACGAAUAUUUAUCCAUGACGAAAUCAACAAAAUCCAAAGUUUAGUUCGAGAACGAUAUCAUUUUUCCAUUACAAAGUCAAAGUUGUAGUUUAGCAAUAAAAUCCAUUUUCCCGUCACCCAAAAUCUGAGACGAGCGUAUUUCCAAAAAUUUUGAACUUCAGUUAGUACUAUAUAAACAAAAGUCCCAAUCCUAUUGUUACAUAGAAGUUAUUCAAUAAUCUGUCACGUAGCCAUGUGGUAAAUAAAUAUAACAAUGGAC